AGAGAGCAGCCUCUGCCCCCUCCCCAGGCAGCCCUCCAGAUGAGCCCCCGUCCUGCCUGUGAGUGGAUUGGCCGGGCUGUGGCGUGUGUAUUGUGUGCAUGCUAAUGCAGCUGUCUCUGUCCUCAGACUGCUCCUGUAUAAGGGACGCAUGGAGAGAGCAGCCAGGAGCAGCAGGGAAUAUGCUGGGGCCACUCACUGGUUCAUAGGAUAAGACUGGCUGGGAAUUCAGGGACUGGGCACAGAGGACGUGGGAGACCUGCAAUGAGUUGUCUGGAUGUUAUGUAUCAUCACCAAGUGUAUGGGAUGCACCAGUAUCUCCCGGGAACAGCAGCUUGUCCUACAGCCUACUACCACCAUCAAAGCCAGCAGAAGAAGAUUGCGGCUUACAGUAAAAUGCAGGAAGCGUUAGAGAUGGCAUUCCCAACCAAGCAAGAAGAAGAGGAGAAAGACCAGCCUGCCGAAAUGGAAUAUUUAAAUUCUCGCUGUGUCCUACUGACUUACUUUCAUGGAGACAUUGAGGCAGUGGUGGAUGAACAUUUCUCUAGAGCCUUAAGUCAAAUAAGCACCUUUAAUCCGGAGAACACAGCCACAAAGAGCAAAACAGUGACAAAUCGAGAGAGUUCAUCAGUAUCAUGCCAAAGGACUAGUUUACCCCCAUCACUGUGGACGAACUCAUAUCAGUCACCUACUCCAACUUGCCUGAGUGGAGUCCAUCAAGACUUUCCAGCAACAACCCCUGGCACUUUCUCAACUACAGACCAUAGCAGCUGGCCUGGAGAUAAUGUGCACCAGACCCCCUCUCAUCCUCCUCCGGUGGCGUCAGAACCCUGGCACUAUCCCUUGGCUUCAUCUGCAAAUUCGCCAUAUGCUCACAUGCAUGACGUUUACAUGUAUCAUCACCACCAUGCCCACCCACACAUGCAUCAUCACCAUCAUCGUCGUCACCCCAGCUCCCACCUAGAUCCACGAUACGGGCCCCUCCUAAUGCCCUCCGUCCGCACAGCCAGGAUUCCUGCACCGCAGUGUGAUGUCAUUAAAACAGAAGCCACUACACCCACAAUGGCUACGGCACCCUGGGCCGGUGCUUUCCACGGGACUGUGGACAUUGUACCAAGUUUUGGCUUUGAGACAGGUAUCCAACAUCAGGAAAAAUGCAAGGAGACUUCUUGGUUUUAACAAAGAUAACCCAACCAAAUAUAUGGACAGAAAAUAGUUACCUGAUCAAGUCGUUCCAAUUGUCUACUUGUGGCUUGUAUUCACCGACAUGGAAAACUUUCAAAGUGGUUAUGUUACACAAGUGGGGGGGCCGGUAAUCAAUUACAAUGUAAAGGCUUACAGGCAAAGAAGAGUCUUGUCGCCUUCGAGAAAACGUAUCUAAAAAUUAACUGUUUUUGAAACAAAAACAGGACUUACGUGGUUAUUCUUGGUUAUGUACAAAAAAAGUAUUUUUCACAGGAAGUCUUUAUAUAAUGUGAUAUUACCUUCUGAGCCUAAUGAGUAACCUUUGUUUUUAGUAGCCAUUUUCUACGAAAGCACCGCCUAUCAAUUCUCUCCGUGCAUGAUGUGACGGUGAGGUGCAUUUGCUAAUAUUGCUCAAAAGUGCAAAUAUGCAAUAACCCAAGCAGUCAUAACCUUUAUCUGUCUACUGCAGGUUAGACAUUAAGGGGCAUAUAUUUAAAUUAUCUUUAAUUAGUCCUGAUAAUUGUCAUUUCUUUUCUCCGUUUAUCGCAGCAAUAAGAAAUUAAAAAUUGUCAGGAUGUAUCAUAAAACACAUGCAGGGACAACGAUCACUUUAUUUCCUGGUUUGGAACCCGGCUGCGCUACUGCACGGUCAUCAUACUGCACAUUGCUGUGUAGGGAUCCUACGAAUUCUACGCCUAGAUUUUGAAAUUUUAGCAGCUCCCAUAGAAACCUAUGGGGGCUGCAUUUGCAGUCAAGGGACAGGAUGCAAUAAAGUCAGAGUUUGGCGGCCGAACUUGAAUGUUUUUUUUAAAGGGGCAAUCAUGUACAAGGCUAAACCAUGAUUGCCCCUUUAAAAAACAUCUGAGUUCGGCCGGCAUCCGCAUGGCCACCGAUCUUGGACUUCAUUACAUCCCGCCCAAAAUUGGGGGAUCGUAGCAGAUAUCUCCAAUACCUGAUGCACUCCCUGGUACAUAUAUCCAGGUGAUAUUUUUUGAACAAAUGCAUCCCAUUUAAUUCAAUGUGCAUUUAUUUUUAUAAAUGAAUGUGGCUGGAUGAUGAUUUUCCUUAAUGAGUGUGACUUAAGUGCAAGAAAACAUCAUAUUAUUCACACACAGGCAAAAAAGAAAAAGAAAAUUAUUUUCUGUGGUAUAAGAAUUUAAAAGCUAAUUGACAGUUGUAAAAAACACAUUUAGGGAAUGUUCCCUGUGGAAAGCUGUAGAUUUGUAUUCUCCUUACACAUGGGCUGGGUUUUAUACCUCCUUGGAUGUUGUGAAAACGGAACUCAGGAGCAGGGUCGGACUGGCCCACAGGGGAAACCACCGGUGGGCCCCACUGCCUGGGGGCCCUCCUCCUCCUCUAAUGAUCAGGUUCCAGACUGUGUUCUUGAAUUAUACAUUAUACACGUCACCUUAUACUUAGGACUAUGAUGUAUUCUCUACAGUGCAUUGCCAAUAUUUAUCUGGUACAUUAUCAUGCACGCACUAGCAGUAUUUAUAUAUUUGUCAAGGGGCCCAGCCCAUGCAUUCACUAAUGGUUAGGCAAUCCAAUGUAGCGGCUGGCCACACCCCCUCUGGAGACUGACCACACCCCUAAACAUGGGCCCCUCCCACUGCACUCCCCGGUGGGCCCUUCAUGCUUCAGUCCGACACUGCCCAGGUGUAUACCAUACAUGCUGAUCCCCUGUGAGAGAACCCUGGCAGGAGGUAGACUUUAGUGAUGCAGGGGUGUGUGGCCCUGCAUAUUGCAUCAAGCGACUCACCUGCGGUGCAGUGCUGCAAUUUGCAGAGAUAUGAUGCAAGGGCAGGUCUGGUUGGGGAGAUCUGUCCUGCCCAUUAUUGCUGGCCACUAUAUAGUAGUGCAGCGUCACAUCAGGCAGGGAGAGAGCAGAGAUUGCUGGUCCAUGGCAGCAGCCUGCCUGCCCAGCCCAACACAUGCUGCUGUAUGUUGGGCUGGGGAGGGACCAGGGAAGUUGCUGCCACUUGCAGCAGUCUUUGAUCGCUCCAUGCCUGAUGUGCCACUGUGCUACUGUAUAGCAACCAGCGGUAGUGGGCAGGAGAGAAAUACCAGGUGGUUGGCAAUUUCCCUUAUUACUCACCUUUGGAUCUACCACUGAUAUCCAGGACUGCAUAUUGAAAUGGUAAAAUGGGUGGAGCCCAGGCGUCUGGUCUAGUCUCCAGAGAGUGCGAGAGAACUCAAUGAAACUAUUGCACGCUAUGGGCACGGUCUUUGUUAAGUGCAUAGCUAACAGUUUGCCACCAUGGUGCAUAGUUGCCUACCUUUUUAAUGGUUCCGGUAUGAAUGGUCGACCAUGUUAUGGUCGACAGUCAUUAGGUCGACAUUGACAUGGUCGACAUGGAUACAUGGUCGACACAUGAAAAUGGUCGACACGUGAAAGGUCGACAUAUGAAAAGGUCGACAUGAGUGUUUUUAACUUUUUUUGGUGUCGUUUUUUUCGUAAAGUGACUGGGAACCCCAAUUAGUGCACCGCGUCCCCUCGCAUGGUGCCUUCGCUCCGCUACCGCUUCGCUCGGCACACUUUACCAUUCCAAUCGUAGUCCAUGUGGAUCGUAAAGUAUGGAAAAGUUCCCCAAAAGAAAAAAAAGUUAAAAAACUCAUGUCGACCUUUUCAUGUGUUGACCUUUCAUGCGUCGACCAUUUUCAUGUGUCGACCAUGUGUCCAUGUCGACCAUGUCAAUGUCGACCAAUAGUGGUCGACCUAAUGACUAUCGACCAUAACAUGGUCGACCAUGUGAACGGAUACCCUUUUUAAUCUCCUCUUCGGGAGAAGCUCGGAGAGGAGACGCAGCAGGCUUCUUCGGGGGGCUGGGCCGAACUGUUAUGUCAUUAGGCCCGGCCCCCCAAGACAGGGAAAUGUUGGCGAUUCGCGGGACUGCUGGUAGGGGGUGGGGCUAAAUGAUGCGAUUAGCCCCAUCCUUCACAGACCCACCAAGAAUGUUAAUUUUAUCCCCGUAAGGUCAACCUCACUAGGAAGCUGGCGGAAAUCAGUGGGAUGCGGGAGAGUCACCUACCCUUUCGGGGCUUCAGGGGACUACCAGAAAAAUCGGGAGACUCCCUCAGCUUCCAGAAGGGUAGGCAAGUAUGCCUUAGUGUCAUUAGAAAUUUAAUGCGCCUGUAUUUGCCAUUCUCAAAUUGUCAUUUAAUGAACGUAAACUCUUUGUUUUAUUGCACAUUUCCACCUUUGAGCAAUGUUCGUUAAACAGCCCUAAUGGUUUCUUUCCUAUGUUUCUAUUUUUGUAAAAUGAACAAAAUAUUUUUGUAAAUGUAAGUGUAGCAGCAGGAGCUGAUUUAGGACUUAUUUUUACUUUAUGUAAAAUCAUAAUGUUCUGUUUCAAGAACUGAGUCUGAGAGAAGCACUGGCAAAUAAAAGACUUUUGCAUAAUGAAGAUAAUUAUUUUAAUGAUUGCUGUAAAGUGAUGGUGGCCAAAAUGUGACUUAUUUUCUUUAUUUAUACAUCCAUAUUGUUGGGAAAAGAAGUGCCCACCUGAGAAUGUAUUAAAAGAAAAGUCAGCUGAUGUUUACAAUUUUCCUCCAAAGCAUAAGCCAAUGUUCAUGUUAUUAUGGUACAAGACAUUUUCUCGGCUAUUAAUGAAAAAUAAUAAUAAUCAUAUUUUCUUAUUAAAUAAAGUAUGCCUCUAUGUUUACUUCAAA